ACGGGCGCGGAGACGCUUCUGGAAGCAGCAUCGCGAUGGCUGCGCAAGGAGAGCCCCAAGUGCAGUUCAAGCUCGUAUUGGUUGGUGACGGCGGUACUGGGAAAACUACAUUUGUGAAACGCCAUCUGACUGGUGAAUUUGAGAAGUAUGUAGCCACCUUGGGCGUUGAGGUCCAUCCCCUUGUGUUGCAUACCAACAGGGGACCCAUUAAGUUCAACGUAUGGGAUACAGCUGGCCAGGAGAAAUUUGGUGGACUGAGAGAUGGCUAUUACAUCCAAGCUCAGUGUACCAUCAUAAUGUUUGAUGUAACAUCGAGGGUUACUUACAAGAAUGUGCCUAACUGGCAUAGAGGUCUGGUACGAGUGUGUGAGAACAUCCCCAUCGUGUUGUGUGGCAACAAAGUGGAUAUUAAGGACAGAAAGGUUAAGGCAAAGUCGAUUGUCUUCCACCAAAAGAAGAAUCUUCAGUACUAUGACAUCUCUGCCAAAAGUAACUACAAUUUUGAAAAGCCCUUCCUCUGGCUUGCUAGAAAACCGAUCGGAGACCCUAACUCGGAGUUCGUCGCCAUGCCUGCUCUCGCCCCAGCAGAGGGGGUCAUGGACCCAGUGUUGGCAGCGCAGUACGAGCACGAUCUAGAGGUUGCUCAGACAACUGCCCUCCCGGAUGAACAUGAUGACCUGUGAGAAAAGUGAAGCUGGAGCCCAGCGUCAGAAGUCUAGUUUUAUAGGCAACUGUCCCGUGAUGUCAGUGGUGCAGCAUGUUUGCCACUUUAUUACAUAGCUAAGCAGAACAUGUGCUUAAUGUUUGGGAUGCUGAAGGAGAUGAAUGGGCUUUGGAGUGAAUGUGG